UCUCUGGAGAAGAGACGUACCAGACGGACAGAACCGUGUUUUGGUGGUUAAGGAGGAGGGAUCUUUCUUCGGUCAGUGGGUCGAAGAAAGUAGUGACCACGAGUGGUUUACCUUGGUUAAUACUUGUCCGACUAUAUGGAGAUUCCAUAAUAGUAGCCAGGCUUCAAAGGGUCGCGGAAUACUGAACUGGACAAUAUUAUUGUCUGCCUACUUUUGCUGCCUCUUCGCGCAAUCUAUUCACCGAUAAAACAGACUCCGCUUCAGCUUCAGGAUUCUAUAUUGUUUCAACAGGUCUGAACGAUCAUGCGGCCGUGCGGCCGUGCGGGCAUGCGGCCAGACCAGCCACAGAUGGGACGGACGCGGACGGUCGCGUAGUAUGCAACAAGUCCUCUGUUGGUACCAGGUUGCCAAAGGAGGUCACCCGGUCACCCAGAUGAGGUUCCUUGCCCGUUGUUAGCUCCGCGCAUCGGGCCAAUGGCGUGGCACCUCAUCGUCGCCGUGGCCAAUCCUGUCGCCAGUUUUGGUACCGACCGCCGACCGAUCGCCGCGGCCGAUCCGAGACCCGAGCGCGGCUUUGUGCCCAGAUUUAAGCUUCUUCCUAGCUGGACAGGAUCGUCCAGCCUCUUCGAUCUGUGGAUCCUUUUAACAGUUUCGGCGGUACCUUCCACGGCAUCAUUCAACGGACACACUACGAAUAUCUUUCGUCCUCCUUCGAGCCAAAUUCUCAUCUGCAAAAUUAAGGAAGACGACACGAUGGCCGCGAGGUCCACGAUUCUGGUGCUUCUGACCACCGCCGUUGUCGCGGUGUCUUCGGCUGGAUUUCUCGAAUCGCUGCUUUCCUGGGAGUUGCCGAACGCUGUGGGGAGGAGAUCCUCGAUGCCGCCGCAGUCGCAAUGCUUGUGCCAGACAUUCAAUUGUUUGUGCUGCGUCGAUCUAAACCUAACUGCGACGAUCGAUUUGGGCGGUGCUGCCUGUAUCAACGUCAAACAAAAAGAACAAAACGUCUCGUUAAACUUGAGCUACGGCGACAAUCCGGUGCACAAUGCCACCAUCAAAAUUGCCGAUGCAGCCAACAAACCGACGUGCAUGAACCUUUUGUCAGACUUGGCACAGAUAUGUGCGAAAUUUACGUCUGUUCAACGAACCGACGCUGGUUACGACGGAUGUCUAGUGAUAGAGCCCUCCUUGCUGGGUACACCGCAAGUCACCUACCACAUGGGAUGCUUCAAUUUCAAUCAAGUUGUGAGGCAAAUCCAAGUGUCCGCCAUCACGGAGACUACAGAGGCCACGGAGAGUACCGAGGAAGACGAGGAAACCCUAAACACCGAGGAACUUAUAGCAGCUGUGACUGCCAGUGCGGAACAAGGAAUAGCUCUGUUCUCCCAGUGGUUGGGUCUGAACCUGAAUCCCAAACUGAAUUUGACCAGCAACAACGAUAAUCGGAUAAUCGAUCAACGUAUCGUUGUAUCCACGACAUCGAGAUCAGCUCGUACUCACUGGGACCAGGAGGAGAAGAACGAAGAGCGAUUCAAGCAGUUACUUAGCGCUCAGGAUAACGUUUUAAAAGGUUCGGCAACGAUCGGCCGAUCGAUCGGAGCAGAAACGACCUUUGUUUAUUCCAAGCCCACCGAGUUAUUAUCUGAAAAAAAUUCAGUCGAACGAGACCUUGACGAGGUCAAAAUUGCUAAUCCUCGACAUCUGGUCAUGGUACCAAGAGAAUCCAGACGGGGUGGUAGAGCGUACAACAUACAUCAACACGUCAACGAAAUCUGAGGACAUUCGUUUUCUUCGAACGCGAUCGAUUCAAAAUAAAAAUCGUACGUGCGUAGAAAUUAGGAUAUACCACACGCGUACACUGUACACUCUCACGAUGUGUUAGCUAGAGCUAUUAACGUUGUGUAU